UCCCUCCGGAGUCGCGGCGCUCGCUGCGGGUCAGAGCAGGGUUCAGGGGCGACCCCAGGUUCGGUUGGGAAGCCUAGCCCGAGCGGGAGUCCCAGCCGGCCGGCGGGCGGGCGACCCGGAGGGCGAGCGCGGGACGGCGGCGUGCGGCGCGGCCAAGGUUCGCUGGCCCGCGCGCUCGCAGGCCGGCCGGGGUCUAGGGCUCUCCGAAGAUACCCGGCGCUCGGGGCAGGCAGAAGAGCGGAGGCAGACGGGGAGGACGGGGGCCGAGCUCGGGCCUGACGCGGGGCCUCGUGCGCCGGGCUAGCGUGUGGGGUUCGGGGCCGAGCGGAGGUCGGGUGUGCCUCAGGACCCCGCCGUGGGUGAGGCGGCCCCAGGAGCAUGAGCGGGCCCCGCGUGGACCUCAAGGUGGUGAUGCUGGGCAAGGAGUACGUGGGCAAGACGAGCCUGGUGGAGCGCUACGUGCACGACCGCUUCUUGGUGGGGCCCUAUCAGAACACCAUCGGGGCUGCCUUCGUGGCCAAGGUGAUGUCUGUCGGAGACCGGACGGUGACUCUGGGGAUUUGGGACACAGCAGGCUCUGAACGCUAUGAGGCCAUGAGCAGGAUCUACUACCGGGGCGCCAAGGCUGCCAUCGUCUGCUAUGACCUUACGGACAGCAACAGCUUUGAGCGAGCCAAGUUCUGGGUGAAGGAGCUGCGUAGCCUGGAGGAGGGCUGUCAGAUCUACCUGUGUGGCACCAAGAGCGACCUGCUGGAGGAGGACCGGCGGCGGCGGCGCGUGGACUUCCACGAUGUCCAGGACUAUGCAGACAAUAUCAAAGCUCAGCUCUUCGAAACGUCUAGCAAGACAGGCCAGAGUGUGGACGAGCUCUUCCAGAAAGUGGCAGAGGAUUACGUCAGCGUGGCUGCCUUCCAAGUGAUGACAGAGGACAAGGGCGUGGAUCUGGGCCAGAAGGCAAACCCCUACUUCUACAGCUGUUGUCAUCACUGACUCACCACUCACCUGGCCUGGGGAAUAAUGGAAUUCCCCAGGGGGCUGGACCCAGCUUUUGUCUGGGCUCGGGUGGUUCAAUGUCUGAGCUACCCCAGGUCCCCAUGGCAGCAGAGGUGGCACCGGCCUGUGCUGGCCCAUGGAACGGAGGCAGUGUUGGGCUGGCUGUGGGCAUGAGGAGGGCUAAGGACUGAUCUGGACCCCAGGCUUCCGCCCUGGACAACACUUGUAUCUGCAGAUUACUUAAGUGGCUUCUGAUCUGUAAAUAAAGUCAGUGCACUGUGAAUCACA